GGCGGGGAAUUUCCAGCCGGGGAGCACUGGGCCCCGGGAAGAGGAGAGAGUUUGCCGGGUGUAUGGAGUGGUGAGUGGCGGUGUAGAGCCGGUGGAUUGUGAGUUGGGAAUACAUUGUAACUUGUGUCUGAUAGUUUGUAGCUGGAGGUUGCUACUUUGUAGUUGCUGGAGGAUUCGCUUUGACGUGAUCAGCUGCACCUACUUUUAUUACCUUCAGCCAGAGGUGGGAAUCUGCUGUGGUGUUUUCUUAUUCAGCGUGGGAGGUCAGUGGGCAGUUUACUGACCAGUCCACUCGUGAAUCACUGGGGCUGAGCUCACCUGAGAGGGGAAAACCAUGUCAUGGUCAAGGUCAAGGUCAAGACCAAUGAUGGCUGAAGAGGACACGUAUCGUCUUGGAGUCCCUGAUAUGUAUGGUAUUGAUGAUUAUAAUGCUUUAGAAUUACCCAACUCCAUGUUUACCUCUCCGAUGGGUCCCACAGAUUCUCCUCUGCAGACACCUGAUGGACCAUACCUGCAGAUUCUAGAACAACCCAAACAGAGAGGAUUUCGUUUCCGUUAUGGAUGUGAGGGACCAUCCCAUGGAGGAUUACCCGGUGCAUCGAGUGAGAAAAACAAGAAAUCCUACCCUACUGUGAAGAUAUGCAACUACGUUGGACAGGCAAAGAUUGUUGUUCAGUUGGUGACCUAUGGGAAGGAUAAUGUACAUCUCCAUGCUCACAGUCUCGUUGGCAAACAGUGUGAAAAAGGAAUAUGUUUAGUUCAAGUGGGUCCCAAGGAAAUGAUUUCAACAUUUCCGAACCUCGGUAUUCUCCAUGUGACAAAGAAGAAUGUUGCCAGUACGCUUGAGCAGAGAAUGACACAGGCUUAUGUGAUGGGUUAUAAUAAUGGAGUUGUAAUUCACCCAGAAUUAAAUCAUCGACACAGCGAAGGUUACGGUCAAAGGGAGCUCACAGAACGUGAAAAGGAGUUAAUCCAUCAGGCUUCCAUACAGCAAGCAAAAGAAAUGGACCUGAGUGUCGUCCGUCUCAUGUUUACAGCCCUGCUUCCAGACAGCAGCUGUCGAUUUACACGCAAAUUGGAACCUGUCAUUUCUGAUCCCAUCUAUGACAGCAAGGCACCAAAUGCAUCAAAUUUGAGGAUUGUCAGAAUGGAUAAGACUGCAGGAUGUGUGGUUGGAGGAGAUGAGGUUUACCUACUUUGUGAUAAAGUCCAGAAAGAUGAUAUCCAGGUUCGAUUCUAUGAAGAGGAUGAAAACGGUGGAAUUUGGGAAGCGUUUGGGGACUUUGGUCCAACAGAUGUUCAUCGGCAGUUUGCUAUAGUUUUUAGAACGCCAAAAUACCGGGACGUGGACAUUUCCAAACCUGCGUCUGUGUUUGUACAGCUUCGUAGAAAAUCUGACAAUGAAACAAGUGAACCAAAGCCAUUUACCUACUACCCACUGAUUAAAGACAAGGAGGAGGUACAAAGGAAGCGAUUGAAACUUUUACCAAAUUUCUCUGACCAUUUUGGAGGUGGAGCAGGCUCCGGAGGAGGUGGGGUUUACGGAGGAGGGGGUGGAGCAGGAGGGGGUUCCAAUUACUUUGCUGGAUUUCAAGGAUAUUCCAACUACAGUAGUUACACGUACACGCCUGGGACCACAAACUCCAGUGCUGGAAUGAAACACGCUGUCUGUUGCCUGACUGAGAAUUCCGAUUGUGUGAAAUCAGCUGUGAGCUCUACAUCCAGCAACCAGCCAACACCCGAGGCUGGAGCUCAAUCCACUGGGAUCCUCGGUAACUCAGAGUCUGCAGAUCCAGCAGUAACUGCCGAAGAAACUGAAGCAAAUCAAUACUUCUUAGAAAAAGCCCUGACCCUUGCUGAGAGACAUGCGAGUGCCCUGUUGGAUUAUUCUGUAACUGGUGAUACCAAGAUGUUGCUUGCUGUUCAGCGCCACCUUACUGCAGUUCAGGACCAAAACGGAGACACAGCUUUACAUCUUGCAAUUAUUCAUUUCCAAUCUGGAGUGGUUCAACAUCUUUUACAAGUCAUCAUCAGCCUUCCUGGACAAGACAUCAUCAACAUGAGGAACGAUCUUUAUCAGACACCAUUGCACCUGGCAGUCAUCACAAGACAGGCCGAGGUGGUCGAAUUAUUGCUUCAAGCUGGAGCUGACAUGAGUCUCCUCGAUUGCCUUGGAAACUCUGUUCUACACCUGGCAGCACAACAGGGAGAUGUGAAGGUGCUCAAUGUCCUCCUAAGCAAAAAGAACAAGCCUCUGGUAAAACUCCUCCAUUUGCCGAAUAAUGCAGGUUUCAAUGUUGUUCACCUGGCUGUGUUAGCGAAUAGCCUGUCGUCCCUGAGGCAGCUGAUUGCAGCUGGCGCUGAUGUGGAUUCUUCUGAGCAGCAAGCAGGUCGGACUGCACUCCACCUCGCAGUCGAGCAGGAAAACAUCUCCUUGGCUGGUAGUCUCCUCCUGGAGGGCAGUGCAGAAGUUGAUGCCACCACUUUUGAUGGGUCUACAGCUCUUCACAUAGCAGCAGGAAGAGGCUAUACCAAACUCUGUGCCUUACUAAUAGCAGCAGGUGCAGAUCCACAUAUCGAGAAUCAUGAACCACUGGAUGACAAAACUGAUGAAUCUGUUGAAGAUGAUGAUGAUGAAGGAAUCUUUCAUGGUACCACACCCUUAGACAUGUCAGCCUCAGAAGAGGUUUAUGACAUUCUGAACGGUAAACCAUACCAACCAAAACCUGCACCUGUGGCUCCUUUCCCACAAGGUGAUUUAGGUCAGUUGGAUAUAGAAGCAAGGCUGGAGUUGUGUAAACUGUUGGAGGUACCUGAACCCAGUCUGAACUGGAUGGCUCUCGCUCAGAAACUGGGUCUUGGGAUUUUAAUCAAUGCCUUUAAACUCAGCCAAUCCCCAGCAAAAACACUUCUGGAUAACUACGAGGUGUCUGGUGGCACUGUCAUGGAGAUUCUGGAAACAUUGAAGUCUAUGGGCUACAAUAAAGCAAUCGAUGUUCUUCACAAAGCAAUGGCUAACUCAACAAGUGCACAACCAGACAGAACAAGUAACUCACCAACGCCGAUUGUACAACCCAACAUUGUUCAGAUUGACACAAAAUCCCAGCAGUGUGACAGUGUGUGUGACAGUGGAGUGGAGACAUCGUUUAGGAGAUUAAGCCACAUGUCAACAGAAUGUUACAGCAACAACCAGACUUCUUUUGAACUGUGAAGAUUGCAGCAAGGAUCUCAGUAUAGUUGAUUAAUCAGGACCAACCGAAGCAAAUGCAGUUAAUGGAUUUCAACCUAGUUUGUAAUCUGAGACCUAUGUUGUUCCAGCUCUAAUUAUUGUCAUAAGACAUUAUUUUAACACAGGUCAGUGCUUCGAUUUAAUCAGACAAGUUCUCUGACUUAAAUAACUAUUAUUCAAUUCCCCUCAUUUUAUAAAAUAAAUAUAAAUCUAUACAUGGACCAAGAAUUAUCAUUUGCAAAGCCAGCAGUCCUAUGUGCUUGAGCUCUACUCUAAAGGCUUGAACACACCUGUACAGCCUGACAAUCCCAGUGGAGAACUGAGAGUGCUGCAUUGUCAGAGGUGCCGUCUUUUGGAUAAGACGUUAAACUGAGGUACCAUCUGUCUUUUCAGAAGCAUAUAAAAGCUCCGAUGACAGAGAUUCGGUUACCUUCCCUCCAGUGUCCAGGGAAAUAUAUAUUCUUUAACUAGAUUCUGGUUAUUAUCACAUUGUGGGAUCAUGCUGUGUAUCCUACAUUUUACAGUGACUGCACGGUGCUAUAGAAAUGCAGGUCUGUCUUUCUUAGUACUGAUUAGUAUUAACAAAGAGAAGCUUCUCGGUUUGUCUGCAAUCUUUUCAUAUGGCCAUGCAUUUUUGCAAAUGCAGAAAAUGAAGACAGUUGAGGGGGUUUUGCUUUGGUAAUCUCUAAGCUGAAUUGUGAUUUUUAUAUUCAACAAAAAGCUGAUUGUACAUUUUACCACAGCCUGUCUCAACAACCUUAAAUAGAUAUUUGUAAAUAGUUACAGCAGCUUUGGUUGUCUAAAUUAGUCUUUUUAAAAAAAUCUUGCUUAAUGUAGUUUAAAUUUUGUAAGUUUUUGUUUUCAUAAGCAAUUAAAAAUUGAACCAACUGGUAGUUUUGUCCCCAGCUUGAAUCAUUAUUGCAGAGAUCCUAACUGAUUAUGAAAUCAAACAGGUUCAGAAAUUACAAAACACCUUUGAUAUUACUAAGUCACCCUGGUUCAGGAAUUCCUUAUUUCACCAGUGAAAUAUGUUCCAUGGUUGCAGUCUUGGACAUGCCAAAUGUCUUGCAUUAAAUUUAUAUACAUGAUGGGGAGCUCAUGAGAAUUAAUGUCAAUUCAUUGCAUUAUUACUCUGUAUAAAUCUUAGGAUACCAAGGAUCUAAAUGAAGUCAUUGUGAAUCUAUUUGCACUAAUGUUUCGCAAAAACCUUUUGAAACCAAAACUGAAUAUGCCGAGUAGUGACUUAAAUUUCUAGGAAGGGAAAAAGCUAUUAUUGAGAAAUGGGGAGUGACAUGGGCACAGUGAUAUUGUAAGACAAGAUCAAAUUUGGAGAAUGCAAGCAGGAAGCAAAUACAAUUUAUACAAACAAACAUUGUAAAUUUGGCAAGGAAGUGAAUGGAAAAAUCCUCUAUGGUAAACUGGUCAGUUACCUUAAAAUUACACUGUUUAAUGGGUUUACAUUCCCACUAGAGGGAACUAUUUCAGGCAAAUGUGUGUGUUUGUAGAUGGACUACAAUACAUGGUACAGGAAAACUAACCAUGGAGAGACAGACACACUGUAAAGCUGCUUGUAAAGAUUAGAGAAAAACAUGUGAUGGAGGGAGCUGUACAAAAUGUCAGGCCACAUUGAGGGUGUUCUCCAUUUUGAUUUUCCAGUUUCCAUGUGGAUUUCAAUAAGUAGUUAGGGGAAGGAAUGAAUGCACAACACCUUUAAGUUAUUAUGUUUCAGGAAGUUUAGUUCCUGUCUUGUAUUAAAUUUAUAUACAUGAUGGUAACUCUUGAAUUAAGUUCAUUGACAGCUCUAAUGGUAACAACCUCAAUCUUUGUACUUGAGUUGCUACAUAAAUGCAGUCUUUUGCUUUGAAGUUAAUUUCUCCAAUGACGGGACACCAGUGGAACAUAGCAAACCAGAGCAACACACACAUUGCAUAUUAGCUGUACUUUCUCCUAGCUAACAGAGUAAUAGAUUGACCUCUUCAAACAAUUUGUGCUGUAAGUAAUUACUGAAAUAAUAACCUUACCCGAGUUCUUUCAAAAUAAAAUGAUCUGACACUCGCUGAAGACAACAAAUGUAUGUGCUGCAGUGCCACCCCAUCAAAUGGACUCACUGUUAUAAUAAAAAACAUUUCCAAUUCUUA